ACUCCAUCAGUGUACAUAGAACGUAUCAUAUCUUCCGCCUACCACCACACACACGUAGCGGCUUUGUGGUCAGUUAACCCGCUAAAACCAACUUGUAUGUAUGUCACCGUGACCAGGACCAUCGUCGCCCUGAGAGACUUUCUUUGGAUCACCACCAAACCAGCCAUCCAAAUGAGUGACGGGGAGUGUGACUUUUUUUGUUUCUUUCGCUGCUGCUGAGCACGACCUCCACGUGUCACAGUCUAUCCAGACCCAGGGUGUCUCUGGACAGCGACACCACCAUAGGGACAGGAGGAGUUGGAGACAGAGCUUAUUAAAGCCAUUCUACCCAAUCGAAACCAUAGGGAUCCGACAGGUAGGCGUACCGUCUACCUGUCCGGGUGGUUGAAUCUAUCGACUGGAUGUCUGUGGACAUGAACAGCCAGGCGUCUGACAGCAAUGAGGAAGACUUUGGGGUAAACUCUGAAGAAGAGGAGGACGAUGGAGGGGAAGAGGAGGAUCAAGGGGACAUAGAAACGUACUACGAAGGAGUGGCCGGCGAUGUAGAACAACAGGGCGCGGACUCCUUUGACCCAGAAGAGUAUCAGUUCACUUGUCUAACGUACAAGGAGAGCCAAAGGGUUCUAAAUGAGGAGGUGAACAUUGUUGCUGCUGCAUUGAAGGUUUUACCAGCUGUAGCAAAGCUGAUACUUGUGCAUUUUCACUGGCAUGUUUCACAAAUUCUGGACAGGAAUAAGUCCAAUUCAUCUCUGGUGUUGUCAGAUGCUCUGGUUCAGCCUAGCAGUACUUGCAGAGCAGGCAUUGCCUCUCAGUCCUUGCAGUGCGGUGUGUGUCUCCAAGUCGUACGGAGAGAUUCUCUUCUGGCUCUGCCCUGCCAGCACUCCUUUUGCAAAGCAUGCUGGGAGCAGCACUGCACUGUACUGGUCAAAGAUGGUAUAGGAGUAGGGAUCUCGUGCAUGGCACAAGAUUGCUCCCUGCAAACGCCAGAGGAUUUUGUCCUGCCUCUACUGCCAGGAGAGGAGUUGAAGGACAAGUACAGACGCUACCUCUUCAGAGACUAUGUAGAGAGUCACUUCCAAUUGCAAUUAUGUCCGGGUGCAGACUGCCCCAUUGUCAUUAAGGUGCAGCAGCCACGGGCGCGCAGGGUACAGUGUAGCCGCUGCAGUGAGGUCUUCUGUUUUAAAUGCUGUCAGAUGUACCAUGCACCCACAGACUGUGCAACAAUCCGUAAAUGGCUCACAAAAUGUGCUGAUGACUCAGAGACGGCCAACUAUAUCAGCGCACACACUAAAGAUUGUCCUAAGUGCAAUAUCUGCAUUGAGAAGAAUGGAGGAUGCAAUCACAUGCAAUGCUCCAAGUGCAGACAUGACUUCUGCUGGAUGUGUCUUGGUAACUGGAAGACUCACGGCAGUGAAUACUACGAGUGCAGUCGCUAUAAAGAAAACCCUGAUAUUGUCAACCAGAGCCAGCAGGCUCAAGCCAGAGAGGCUCUUAAGAAAUACCUCUUCUACUUUGAAAGGUGGGAGAACCACAACAAGUCCUUGCAGCUGGAGGCUCAGACGUACCAGAGGAUUCAGGAGAAGAUCCAGGAGAGAGUGAUGAACAAUCUGGGAACCUGGAUUGACUGGCAGUAUCUUCACAAUGCCGCAAAGCUUCUAGCUAAGUGUCGCUACACACUGCAGUAUACGUAUCCCUACGCCUAUUACAUGUCCGGCCCACGCAAAAAACUGUUUGAGUACCAACAGGCACAACUCGAGGCAGAGAUCGAAAACUUGUCAUGGAAGGUGGAGCGGGUUGACAGCUACGAGAGGGCAGUGGGGGAAGGCGAGGUGGAUCUCAGUGCGAGCGAUAGGGGGGAGCUGGAGAAUCAGAUGCACAUUGCUGAGCAGAGGCGACGUACACUGCUGAAAGACUUUCACGACACCUGAAGCCCUGUUCUGAUUGCAGAGCACCAGCAUCUCCUCCUUCCCUUUGUCCUUCCUUUUUUUCUUCUGCCUCCGCAACCAGGCCCCCACCGUUGCUUCCUUCAGUUACUAUCCCCUGGGUGAAGUCACGAUGACACCCUUUUUCCUUGUCAAACCACACUUACUUGCUUUCUCUUCCCAGCUCUUCCUUAUCCCAUUCUUCAAAUGCUGCAGCUUUACAGAAUGGCACGAUUGUAUUCCUUCUCAUGGUCUUUCACUGUAUUUUGGCUUCAACAUAAUCACCCGAGUCAUUAACAGAGUUCUCUUGAUAAGAGCACAACAUUAAGAGAAAAUCUCUGUUCUAAAAAUCACUUGUUACUGCCCAGCAUCAUACUAGUGACGGGGGAAAAAAGAAAUCACCCAAAAUUUAGAAAGUCCUUAAGACCUAGUGGAUACUUUGUGGCAGUUGUAUUUCUCACAUAUACAUAUGACAUGUAUUUUUGUUUUCAGUUAGUUGGCUAAUUUAAUUUCCAAGUACACUAGUCGAAAGCAAGCUUCCUUCCAUAACUUGGACAAAAUGAUGCAUUUUCAUUUGCAUGUUGUGUGCUCACAGAAAAAAAGAUACCGAAGAUGAAUGUGUGUUGGUUGUUGUUUUUGUAGGCCACUAUAAACACAUUCAUUUUUUGUUUUGUUUUUGCUAAAUCUGACUUGCUUUGACCAAAUCUGCCAGUCGAACACUGCUAUAAUGAUCAGUUAUGAUCUUAGUGAAACUUUGGCUCUUGGGUACAAUCUGCUAUCAUUUUUUUUAAUUGGUUAGGUCAUCACCCAAGGCGAUAGGCAGCCUUUUGGAGCAUUUGAUCAUGUCUGUGAUGCAAACAAAACCUACAUUAUAGUGUUAUGAAAAGCUCCUCCAAAUAUGUUUUUUUUUUUUUUUUUUUAAUUUACACUUAAAAAAAAGAUCUUGACAUAAUACUAAGUGUACUCAACCUUGUGUAUUUUGGCCAAAAUUUACUAUUGGCUCUCAGAAGACAUUACAUUAGGCUGAGAGGAAAAAGGUUCCCCAACCGAGUUUGCAAGUUUGAUGUUUGCUGCAGUUAAUACUCUGUCCUUUGCGCUGACCAUUGGAACAAGACCAGCCCACUGACAUAACACAAACACAACUAAUGCCAUAAAGUCCACAUCACAAACUUGGCUCGUAUCCCCUCAUUUGGAUGCUUUCUCCUGUUAACCAUUUCCCACCACCAUUUCAUUAUUUUUGGGCUAUGUGUUCCACUUUCUUGCUCACACUGUUCACAAUUAUUGUUGUGGGGGAAAAAUGGCUGUUGAUAGAUCGUUUGAAAAAAAAUAAAUAAAGAAAAAGCUACCAAAAAAGUGCUGUAAUUUUCAACAGUUGUACAUUAAUACAAAAAAUAGUUACUGAGAGAGUUUUUAAAACAAACCUUGUCUUGUGUAUUCAUUGCAAUGCUACUCGUCA